UGCCCAAUAAACGAGACUUUUCAAUAAUGUACAGCCGGUGGUAAAGAUGUUGAUACUUUAGUGCUGAACGGAUGCCAAUUAGCGGAGAUCUGCGGUGAUCCAGACAGACUUGUGCUUUUGACGAGAUUGAGAUGGAGUGGCGCCAGCAGAGUACUAUCAGCUGUGCAGACGCCUUCAACGAGGCUCAGCGCUGGAUGGAGGAGGUGACUGGAAAAUCAUUCGGUAGCAAAGAUUUCCGUGCAGCUCUGGAGAAUGGAGUCCUGCUUUGCGACCUUAUCAACCAGUUGAAACCUGGCAUUAUCAAAAGACUGAACAGGCUUUCUACUCCCAUUGCAGGGCUGGAUAAUGUGAACGUGUUCCUGAAAGCCUGUGGAAAACUUGGACUGAAUGAGUCACAGCUGUUUCACCCAGGGGACCUACAGGACCUGUCCACUCGUGUAACACUCAGGCGUGAAGAAAGCAGUAGGAGACUGAAAAAUGUUUUGAUCACAAUCUACUGGUUGGGUCGAAAGGCUCAACUAGACCCCUUCUACAGUGGCCCUCAGCUUAACUUCAAAGCCUUUGAAGGGCUUUUGGGGUUAGCCUUGUCUAAGGCUCUAGACGAUGGCAGCAGUGUGUCUGUGAAAGACAGCAGAUACAGAGAGUAUUGUUAUCCAGAGAGAGAGGAGUUACGGCGCAUGAGGCCAGGCUACAGGAGAGAGAACUCUGCGGACAGCAUCGAAUCCCUGGACUGGCGUGCCCGUCGUACCGGCAGUGAAUGUUGUGGGAGUGACGCAGAAGCAGAGCAGGGCUUCAGGAUGGAGGCCACGCAGCCCGCAGCCCAGCAAAACAAAGCCCAUGUCCCACCACCACUCCUACGGAGACGACAAGGGUGGGAAAAGAACGGAAGGGACUGUCCCAGUUCCCUCACCAGAGAAUGUCAAAUCCAGGCCAGACCUGGGAGACCACCUCAGGUCAACCCUGGCUGGAUUUGGAGCAAAUCAAUGAGUGACAUCCCGAUGGUAUAUCCUGUGCAUAAAGUUCCUGAUGGGAAUAUGUUUGAUGCGGGCCAACACAUUGAUGAGGCGAGGGAGUGGAAACAGGAACACCUGCAGAGGAGCACCACCGGAGUCAAGGAGGGCGAAGCUAAAUGGCAGGAUGAUUUGACAAAGUGGAAGAUGCGUCGCAAGAGCACCAACUCUGACCUCCUUAGGAAGUUGCAAGAACGAGAGCAUGCUGUUAAGCAGAUAACCAAUGGGGCUGUAACUGGCCUCAAGGAGAAUGGAACACAUGGUGGGCUGCCACAAAGAGACCCGCAGUCACUAAGCAGCCGAAACCCUGCCCCCACUUCUUCCUCUACCUGCCCUGCAUCAAAAUCAUCUUGCUCUGAUCUCCAACCCCGCACUCGAGCUCUCCUGGCUCGCAGCUAUACCAGUGACGGCCUCUUCAGCCCCACGGCUCCAUAUAAUACCCACAACCCAGCUCACGCUCAGGAACAUCCCAUCGCCACAAUGCCUGGCUCAGAUGUCACAGUCUUGGCAGAAGAGGCUUGGUCUGGCUCAUUAGCCCCAGAUGAAGUUACCACACCUUCUCUGGGCUACCCCUUCAGCUCUCAGACCCAAGCCAAGGUCCAGGGCAGCACAACUUCUCUCCAACCCACAUCUGAAUUGGCCCGGCCUGGAAAUAUUUUGAAAGACCAAAUCACCUCUGGGGUCACAACAGAACUGCCAAAUGACACCAUAACAGCAACUUGUGCCAAUGAUUCAAGAGCAGCUGUCACAAAUGGCCCCAUCUCUGCUAUGGACACUGGUUUUUGUCACAUGGAAGUCUCCCCUAUGGAUCCCAAAGUUCCCAUCUUUCACCAGACAACAGCUGAUGCUCAGAGGUCCCAAGCAGAGGCCCAGCAGAUGUCUGUGGAGGCCUCUGACCAGCAGGCCCCAGGCCUCUACAGGUAUAUCUCCAGAACUGGGUCAUGGUCAGGCUCAGCCAGCCUUCCCCGAGGUUACCGGAGGUCUGAAGGUUCAUCCCGUCUCUCUGCUGUCGUCACAGCCAGACCCUAUGGGACCAAGCCAUCCAGAGUGUCCUCACUACCCAGACUGUGCAAUGAGGAUAACAAUGCAAGCUCUCUGUUGAAUAGUGAGCAAGAUGGAUCUCUGCAGCUGAUCAGACCCACCCUCACCAGACAGGCUGCGACCUCCCAGAUUAUGGGUCAAGGCCAGGCUUCAGUCACACAGAACAGUGGUAACCAGGAAGCAAAGCAAAAUGGUGAAGAACGGAGGGACGAAGGGAAACAUGCAAGUUCAUUCAGCCGUUUUUCCUGCCAGACAAGUAGCUAUCGUUACCAACCAUACGCUCAAACCCAGCCAGUAGCCCUGCUCACCAAGGGACAGUCCCACCACAGCAAAACCCCAACUCUGUCAUCUAAUUUAGCCAUUGCUCCCCCAGAGGUGCAUCACAGUGACAUGAGAGUGAGCCUUAGUCUUAAACCCAACAGCAGACCGGACUUUGGCUUCGAGACACAUUGGGACUCUACUGGAGCAAGGGUCAAAUUUGUUGAAAUCGGCAGUCCAGCAGAACUUUGCCAGUUGUGUGUGGGUGAUGAGAUCGUUGCUGUUGAUGGAAUCGCGGUGGCACAUAUGAAGUACGACCAGUGGAGGAACACCAUGACAUCUGCCCUGCAAAAUGGCAAUCUUAACAUGGACAUUCGGCGCUAUGGCAACAAGGACUGGAGCACCAGUGGUGGGAGUCAUCACAACCAGCCAUGUCAGAGCAGGAAGACCCUCAAUCUGACUGCUACAGCACCCAUACUAAUAGGUCACCCUGGCAAUGCUGCCUCUGCAGAAACCACAGUCGUGGAAUCGUCCAAAAUCAACGGACAGCCAGUCAAUGGUAUAGAUUGCAGAGGCAUGGCUGGAGAGUUUUCUGACAACUCCAGGAGUAAAGGUGGCUCAGAAUCUGCAAUAUCUGAUCUCCAGGUGCCAUCACUUAAUGCCUCCUCAUCCGGCUGGUCUUGGGACCAUGAAGAGGAGCGCAGGCGCCAGGAGAAGUGGCAGGAGGAACAGGAGCGUCUCCUACAGGAGCAGUACCAGCGGGAUCAGGAGAGGCUGGAGGCAGAGUGGCGGAAGGCGCAACAAGAUGCAACUGGAGAAUACAGAAAACCAGAGCUGAACGCCUGUGAGAUAACCAAAGGUCUUGAAAGCUCUGUCAGGACCAAUCUCCCUGUGAAUGGAAUUGGAAAAAAAGAUGAUGGGUGGAGUCCUGAGAGGGAAGAUGUGAAAAGGACAGGGUCAAAGCCACAGAGAAAUGGGCAAGCAGUGCAGAAUGACACGAUUACAGAACAAGACUGGGCUGCAGGCUCCUGUGGCUUUGCCCAGUUGUCUCCUGCACACAGGGCAAAGUCCAAGUCAACUCCAGCACUGGCCAGCCUACACAAACAGACAAGAGGGGACCAGAAGAAGAAGGGGCAGUGCAUAUCUAAGGCAGAGCAAGAGAGGCAGCAGAUUUUGGAGGAGAUGAAGAAGAGAACUCAGCUUCUGACUGACAACAGCUGGAUACGCCAGCGAAGCUCCAGCAUCCAUAAGGAACCAGUCUAUACUGGAGUUCCCCUGAAGAGGUAUGAGUCUCUGGACAACCUCCACACUUCUGCAGUCUCGAGCACCAUGGCAAGUCCCCACUACUCCCGACCACACUCUGCUGCCGGUUUCUCUCUGCCAAGUAGGACCUGCUCUCCCCGCUACAGUGUUGGGCCGGGGUUAUCCCAGAGACAGCAACCUUGGUCCAUCGAUUCCUCCAGUGGCUUCAUCCCUGGAGAUGAGCCAGCCAACCAGUCCCUUCCUGGGUCUCAGCAAUAUGGCAGGUUUGUCAGUGGCAAGAAGACAUGCUGUGUGUGUGAGCAUGUCCUGGGUAGGGGGGCAGCCAUGGUCAUUGAGGCCCUUGGCCUCUGCUGCCACCUCGCCUGUUUCCAGUGUGUGGAGUGCUGCAGACCUCUCGGAGGAACAGAGACAGGAGUCCAGGUUCGAAUCCGAAACAAGAAGCCCUACUGUGAGCCCUGCUAUUUCCACUUCAAGUACAUGUCUGCCCCCUCCAUGUGACCAGAAUGUGGCGCAUCAGCUUGCGGCAUAAGCAGCUGCCUCAACACACAUUGCUGGAUAAAGCUCUAAAGAAAACGUGCUGAUGACACAUGAUCCACUCAACUGGGCCAUGACUCUCAUCACCUAACCUGUGGUAAAAAACAUAACUCUGAUGUCAUGUACGGUCAUAGAGUUGUCCUAGUCGAUCUAUAAGCAGUGUACACUCCAAAUGGCUGUUUUUUAAUCAGAUUUAGUACUUAAUUUGUCUGUCCUUUUUGCUCAUUUAUAUCCAAGUAAAUUCACUAAAAUUUAAUAUAUAAAACUGAUGGUAAUUAUUAGUCUUUGAUAAAUGCUUUUUAUGUAGACAUUAGUGUUGCCAUUCAUUCAGUUACCUGUGUUAUCUUUGAUUGCUUUAGCGAUAUGUAAUUUUUUUGAGAUUCCUUUAAUGUAACCUUAAUAGGGGAGACUGUAUGGAUGGAGGCACAUGGUGACUUUUACUGAAGCACUUUCCUUUCUGUUGCACACUCACCAAGUGUGCUUUUGGGGAAAUCAGUGGUACAGUGGUACUUACAUGUCUCACAUGAUAAUGGGUGGUAUCUUAACUGAAACGUUGUUUGCAAAUAAAAAGCACUGAACUUAUA